ACGUAUACCCUUUCCCAAUCAACCACCGUGGUGCGCCUAUAAACUAUCGAGACCUAUUUUUGUAAUAUCCCCGCCCACUGUGGGUACGCCCCCUCACCUCUCCUUCACCUCCCUUUAGUUCUUGUACGUGUGUACCGAUCGUGUCAAAAAUUAUUGAACUGUGGACUUAAUCAAAAGCACAAUCAAUAAUAAAUACUUGUACACAAAUGAACGAACAGCAUGUAGACAUCGUGGUAGGCGUGCAUGUCAUGUCAUGAAUGUAUGGUAUUUCUUCAACAUGUAAGAGGUCAAGACAGUGGAUAGGCUACAUUGCAGCUACAUGACGUAUUUCUAUAUCUGUGCAGACAUGCAGGCAGAAGUAUAAUACUUGCACUUCAGUAGACAUGGCGGUUCAACAAGAGCCUGAGGAAUCUCUGGACCAGUUUUCAUAUCGUCUGGGUCAAAUAGUUGAGAAUGGAUUGACAUCUCUAUCGAUCGCCUUCGGUGUUAAAUCAGGUCUCUUUGAUGUGCUUGUAGAGAACCACCACACACCGAUGACGUCACAAGAAUUGGCUGAUGCUGCUAGUAUGAAAGAAAGGUACGUCCGUGAAUGGCUUGGAGCGAUGGCAGGGGCUCGCAUCGUUCUUCUCGAUCCUGCCACACAGCGCUUCCACAUACCUGGACAAAUACUCGACGCCUUCAAGAAAUGGACCCCUCAGAAUAAAAUCCUCCUUUCGACAAAGUCUAUACCUUUCCUCAGUGAGGUCUUCAAUGACAUGCUUGAGGUAGUUAAAAAGGAAGGUCCAAUUGGUCUUCCAUUUUCCAAGGCUGAGACAUUCACAGAGUAUGAAUGUGAUUCAUCAGAAUGGUUUUACAAGACACAACUCCUUCAGGUUUUUAUUCCGUCCAUCCCUCCGCUUCAAACUAAACUAAGUGGGGGCAUUAAGAUGUUGGAUGUAGGAUGUGGUCGCGGUGUGGCUACUCGAAUCUUAGCCGGACAGUUCCCUCGCAGUCAAUUCGUUGGCAUUGACUUCGGCGAGGAUAACGUGAAGAUAGCACGCGAAUUUGCUAAGAAUGAGAACCUGACGAACGUCGAAUAUCACAACCUCGAUGCAGCAAAGCUUCCUGAAGAAUGGACAUGUACAUUCGACUACGUGUUCUUUUUCAAUGUCCUCCAUGACUUGGCACGUCCAGAUUUGGUUUUAAAGGAAGUCAAGAGGGUGAUGGCUUCGGAAGCUCUGAUGUCAGCUCUCGAGGUUAUUGCAAGCUCAGACAUGGUAGACAACAUUAAGUCUCCAGGAUGCUCGAAGAUGUAUACUUACAGUCUGUUCCAUUGCCUACCCGUGUCCUGCAAUACACCAGGGAGUCUUGGACUAGGAACAGCAUGGGGAAAAGAAGCCGCAACUGAGUUCUUGAAGGAACAUGGCUUUAAGAUUGAAUCUGUCACCCAAACAUCAAGGCAACAGUUUCUGUGUAGUGUUUCUCCUGAAUGACUUGAAGAUUAAUAAUACAAGUGUGCAUGGGUGUCGAUCGGUAUUCUUAGUUGGGGGGAUGAUUGACACAAAUGUUCUUGUGGAUGGGGAUCUUUCAACAUUACCCCCACUAAAAUCACAAGUUAGGACAUUUGGGAGUGGUUGAUAUGCAUGGUGUUCUUGCAGUGGCGUACCGUGAGUCACGCAUUGGGGGGUACCAGCAAAAUUUUUGAGUCACUUAGUGAGCGCGCUUCGCGCGCUCAGUUGCCAGGUAUACUGACCUAAUAUAGGGACAUUUUAAGGACAGUGCCAUUAAACGGAUAUGUAUCUCACUGCUCAAAUAAUGCGAGCGCGAAGCGCGAGCUGAAAAUUUUUGAUAUGCAGACCAAAAAAGGACAUUAUAAGCAAAUUUUUGUAAUCAUGAUACAUACCUGUCUCGCUAAACAAACAAUGCGAGCGCGAAGUGCGAGCUGAAAUUUUUGUAAAUAUUUACCCCAAACAAGGACAUGUUAAGGACUAUAUUUUAGGAAUCCAUUAAGAGUAUACAUAUCUCACCAUAGUCAUCUAAUGCGAGUGCAAAGCGCUUGCUGAUUUUGCUACAUCUAAACACAUGAAGCACUUUUUGUAGUCAUUAUAAUCAUGAUAAUACGCAUCUCACUCGUAAAAUAUUGCGAGCGCAAAGCGAGCUGAAAAUUUAGGAUAUUCAGACCUGAAGAGAGGCAUUCUAAGGCCUGUUUGUAAGAAUUCACUAAGACCAUACGAUACGUAUUUCACUAAACAAAUGAUGCGAUCGAAAAUUUUUGAUAUUCAGAUCAGAAAAAGGGACAUUUUAAGGACUGAUUUUUAGGAAUUCAUGAAGAGCAGUCAUAUCUCACCAAUCUACUAGUGCGAACGUAAGCACGGACAGGAAAUGUUUUAUAUUAACACCUUAAAAUGGGGCAAUCACUUUAAGUAGUCAUGAAAAAGAACCAUAUGUCACUACAUAAAACAAUAAGUCGAAGUGCGAGGAAAUAUAUUUGGUGUAUAUUGACUUAAAAACGUUAAACAGACAAUGCGAGUACCGGGAACAAUGAAGAAAUCUAGGCCUGAGCAAAAUAAAAUUCUGAAAAAAUGUUUCUUAUGUAUUAUAACAUAACAUUAUUAUAAUAUAACAUUAUAAUGAACAAUAAUUUCUUCAUUCCCACUACGUUUCUCUUCCUUUCUCCUCUUCCCCGUUUUUUUUUUGCCAGCCGAUUGGGGGGGCACGUGCCCCCAUGCCCCCCCCCCCCCCCCGUAGUUACGCCACUGUGUUCUUGGUAAUUCUUUCAUUAUUGCAGUGUACUGUACUUAUAUUUUUUUUUUGAAAAUUCAAUUUGUGUUACAAGUAAGCCUAUUCUAAACUCAUACGAAAGAAAAAAUGACAAAAAUUGUCUGGACCAUGUACAAAGUGAUCUGUUUAUUGGACAUGAUGUAUACAACUUCUCUUAAAUCUAACCCGACUGGCGAUAUCUUUUUUCUUCUUAAUGCAUGAUGAUAAAAUGCAGAUUCAGACAAAUUAAGACUAGCACAAAUUACAAACUGUGUGGCUUCUCGUGCGCCAUCGGGCUUACCGUCAUUCCUUAGACGAUUUUAACCCUGGAUUUUAACAUGUUUUAAAUGCUUUAUAAGUGCAAUAAACAAAAACAAACAUAAAAACAAUCAAAACUCAACGAUCAUGUUAUGAUAUUUCUCCAACAUUUUCUUGAACCAUCAGUGUGUAAUAUCAGCUAAUAUAUGUGUUAAAAUGAAAUUUACGUACCGCAUGAGUGUGCUCAUAUAGAAUGCAAAACUGUCAUCCCUUUCCAAACUCAAAAGAGAUUUCUUUUUGCCAAAAUAAGAAAGAGCCAAUCAAGUUUAGUUAUUCAAGUCCAUAACAAUAACAAGAAUAACAUGAAAAAAAAAUCCGAUGUUCAUAUCCGAAGAUACGCUUUAGAGAGAAAUGAAUGAUUAUUCUUUCUGAAACCAUUAAUUGAUUUCACUUAUUAAAAAUUGUAAAUAAAGAAAUAUGAUCAUAUUACCACUGGUGGGAUGGAACACCCUAUCAACAAAGGUUGUUUUUCGUCGGGGUCCUUUUAUGUCAUGUGUUAUAAAAUAUCAUAUACGUAAACAUUUCAUUCUUUUUCAUCUUGAAACUCCACCCAUCUGUUUAAAAGUCCUGGAAAAGAAUGUUUUUAUUUAAUAACAAUAUACACAAAUUGCGAGGGAAACAAGCUGAUUGGUGGCAUACUAUAAUCAUCACUAUAAUCAUCAUGAUUGAUUGAUUGAUUUUAUUUGUCAGGUAACUAACAAGUACAAGGAAAUUAUAAACAGAAGUGUAUACCUUGACAGGAUUACCCAUGAAAGCCGAGAUGGCUUAUUUCCAAUGGGGUCCUUACAUCAGUAAUUGAAGACCAUGUAAAUCUAUGAAAAAACACCUAUAGAAAUCUACAAACUACAUCAAUUAAGUCUAGACCACUAAAUUUACACGAUGAAUUGUAAAACUUAAUAUAUAAAAAGACAAAAACAAAUAAGUUUGCCAUGAAAAACACUUACGCAGCUCAACAAAAUAUGAUUAAAAUAAUUGUAAAACAGGUUGAGUAAACGAUCAUUACUUCUAAGUUACAUAUGAGAAUUACACUAAUAAUCAGUUUUUAAGUAGCGCUAAAUGCAUCGUAACUAAUACAAAAUUCAUGAAUCUUAAAACCUAAGAUAUGAAAAAGUACAAUAAGUUUGACAUCAAACUUUCACGCAAACAACAAAAUAUGAUGAAACAAUGUAAAACAAGUUGAUUAAAUAAAUCAUAACUAAAUAGUUAUAUAUAAGACUAUACACGAUACACAUGAAAUUAGAAAGAAUAUUUAACAUUACAGAGUGGGGACAUUUUUAAAGUGUUGUUUCAAUACUCUUUUAAAUUGUGUAAAAGUCUUAACCGAUUUAUUAUGAUAAGGGAGGGAAUUCCAAAAAUGUAUACCUUUAUAAUAAAAUGUAUUACCAAUUUGACCUUUUCUCAUAGGUACAACAAAGUUAAACAGACUACUUCUUGUUUCAUGCCCGUGAAUAUUAGAUGACCGUGUAAAAUUGUUUGAUAUGUAAUGAUAUUCGUUUGAAUAGAAAAUUUUAUGAACAUGGUGAAGUAUAAGUUGUUGCGACCUCAAGUCUAUGCGAAGAAGGCCAGCUUUUUCGAUUUCAUUCUUCCCAACAUGUGUUCUUGGGUGUAAGCAAGUAAUAAAUCUAACAAUCUUAUUUUGAAUAAUUAUAAACUUUUUUUGAUCAACCUUUCCAAGACUGCAGUACCAUGCUGCAUUAGCAUAAUCAAAUAAACACUGUAUUAAUGAAAAGCUUAAAA